UUCAUUAAUUUUUUGUUAUCAACUAUCCUCUCUAACACUCUUGCUAGAACUGUUUGUUGAACAGGUGGUUUAUGAUGUAGUGGUCGCUUUUAGUUCUUUUAACAAACUGUACAGUCGCUAUCCAAUUUCUCAUUGUAAUAGUCUAUCUUUAACUACUUUUAUGUAUUUUAUUAUCCACUUUCACUUCUAAAUUUAAUUUUUUUCCUUCAAUUUCAGAAUUGCAACUACAAGAAUGGAAAUAUAAUGAUCCAUCGAUAAAACACAAAGAAUUAUUUUUAAGAAUGAUUGAGUAUGGGCGAGAUCCUAAUGUGAACGUUAAACUUUUAAACGAUGUUCGAGUAAUAUUCUCAGAUGAAUUUUGCAUUGGCAAAGGAAGUGAUGGAACCCGUGUUUAUCUUGGACUGAGCAAGGAUGGUUACGGGAAAGCUGUGAAACGAAUACUUCAGUACAACUUUAUCGAUUUUGCAAAGAAAGAAAUGAAAAUUUUUAAUGAAAUUAAAGAAAAGAAUUCGACUUAUCUGGUGAAUUAUUCCUACUUCAUAAAAGACACUGAAACAGAAUGGGUCUAUUUGAUACUUGACCUAUGUGAAGAAUCGUUGGAGAGUUUUGUGCAUUCUUCUACUAUGGAGGAUCUUCAAAAUUCUCUUCCCAAAAUUCUCAGACAUAUUUUAACAGGAUUAGCUGAUCUUCACCGCGAGCCAAGUUCUAUUCUUCACAGGAAUUUGAAGCCUUCCAAUGUUCUCUACAACGCAAAAGGAGAAUUUCUGAUAGCUGACUUUGGUUUAAGCCGAAUAAUGAAGAAUGACGGUACGACACAUGCAAGCAUUGGUAAUAGGGGAACUCCGUAUUGGAUUGCUCCUGAAUCAUAUUGUAAAGAUGAUGAGUCGUUUGACCAAUCAAGUUACAAAAGAGAGUCGGAUGUAAUGAACGCAGGACUCGUUGCUUAUUAUGUUGCUACAAAAGGUAAACAUCCUUUUGGAUCUGACGAGUGUAGAUUGCUAAACUUGUUUCGUGGAAAUCCUGUUGGAUUGAAGGAAAUCAAGGAUGUUCAACUUAAACAUCUUCUUUCAUGGAUGCUACAGCUAAAUCCCAAACUCAGACCAUCAGCAAACGAGGCGCUUAAACACCCUUUUGUACUAUCUGAUAAAGAGAAGUUUGAUAUGCUGUGUGACCUGGGUAACCAACCAAUGACAAAAAUAUCGCGUUUACUUCAUCCUCCUAAUUCAGGUGGCCAUAUGCAGUUGAAUCGUCAAAUAAGUUGGAAAGAUUGUAUUAACCCUGAAGUCUUAAAGCUUUUCAAUGAACGACACUACGACUUUACAUGGUUAGGUUGUGUAGAUUUUUACUAAACUUUCACCAGCAUCGGCACGAUAAACC